CUAAAAAUAGUUGUUGGACACAUACAUCGAUGGGGACGAAUAGACGGACGGAUGGAUAGAUGGAUAGAUGGAUCGUUGGCGUAGGCGUCGUCAUAGACCUGGUUGGAAAAUGUGCCAUGUGCAGUUAGCAUUGGAAUGAAGGGGAAACUACAAACAACAACAAAAGAGGUAGAAAGCACAAAAUAGAAGGGUUAAAGCCAUCCAGCCGUUGAGCGUUAAUUCAAUUAGCUAGUUAGACACUUGGUUGUUAUGCCAAGUCGCUGCCAGAACCUGAGCUCUGAGAUCUGAGGUCUCAGGUAAGGUGACCGCCUGCAUGUUGUUUCAAAUUGUUUAAAAUGCUGAACUGCAACGGACGUUGCAAAAUUGUUCGCAUUUUGGAUUACAUUAAAACCAACAACGACUAGACCAAAGACAACAACAACAAUAAUAAUGAGUAGGAACUAAAUUAAAGUUAUAAAACCAAAAAAAGGAUCAUGGAUUUUCAUAAUUUAUGUCAACGUCUCGAUGUGGACAAUUUGAGAGCUAAGUUACCUGCAUUGCCUCAAAUAAAGUUACCAAAAUCAUUACCCAAAUUACGUGGUCGCAAAAUCUUUCGUAGUUCUCGUGAUAAUGUCAACAACAACAAGGCGGGAACUGCCAUGGCUGGUGGUGGUGGUGGUGGUGGAGUGGGUGACACCUCACAUCAUCAUACAUCAUUAUCAUCGUCAUCCUUGCAAUUGCCACAGCAGCAGCAGCAAUCGCAGCAGUUCAUCAAUCGAACACCACAACGCAUUUCAACAAUCAGUUCACUAAUGCAUGAACAACAAGAGAGAAUGGGUCCAACGAGUACAUAUUGUAGUGCCGGCAGUUUGGAUGAUGAUUACUAUGCACCCGAUCAGCAUCAUAAUAAUCGGGAUGUCCAUCGUCCCAUUAGUCCCAUUAAAAUGCCAAGUAAUCAAACCGAAUCGGGCACAGUAGAACGAUCAUCAUUGACACAACGUUUGCAACGCGGCUACAAGAGUCUAAGUGAGUUGAGGCUCAAACAUUUGUUUGCCAAACAAACGACAGUGCGACGUGAUCAAAUCGAAGUCGAUCGCUAUGUGCAACAAUAUGAGGCAGAGCUGAGAUCAGAGGCCAAGGCUCAGGCUAGACGAGAUCGCGAGAUAGCUGAUAAUUAUGAUAUACGUAUCAAGACGCUGGCAACGCCGCAAACAUCUCGGCAGAAUACCCUUGAUGAGGGCAAUGAAGCAGACGUGGCAACACCACCGCCCACAAUUAAGCAACGUCGCAGUGUGGCUGAACAUAGUGGCGAUGAGAGUGGCAUGGAGGAGGAGGCCACGCCACCAGCUGCAAGAAGGAAACCGAUCGGUAGUGGCAUAGCAGCCACGCGUUUCGCCAAGGUGCGUCAACCGCCAUUGCAAAUGCCUGUGAAUGAAGAGGCCACCGCAACGACACCACCAGAACCACCACGUCCCCCCAGUGGUGGUGCCUAUAAGCAAUUGCUUCAAAGACUACCAGCCAGUCUGACGAGCCUACCAACCCUUAGUCGUGGCAAGGAAAAACGUGAGAGCACACCAGAAAAUGCAGCAGAACCCUCGAAAUUAUCGACUUUACGAUUUCCUAUGAAGAGUAAAACUAGUGUGGAAGAUUCACCACCACAGCCACCAGCAGAUGGCGCUUCUUCCAAGGGUUUGGGUUUGCGUCAUAAUAUCAAAAGAUUGCGUAAAUCGAUUAAACGUCCUCUAAAAGCAACAGCAAGGACCACAACAGCAACAACAUCCCAGGAAUCGGGCGAUGAAGAUCAAACGAAUGCUAGACCCAACUCCUCGGUCACUCUAAGGACUCGCCUAAGUCGUUCCACCGAUCAGUUGCAACAACGUUGGCGCAAGAGCUUCAAAUUCAGCACAGAAUCUGAUCCAUCCGAAGCCAAUGCAGAUGGAGCAGGAGGAGCUGCAGCUGGAGCUGCCUACUUGGAGCGUACUUUCAAUAAACUCAAUGAAAAGAUGCAUCAAUUGAAGUUUUUUCAGCGCCAAUCGUCAAAUGUGGGAGUUGCCUCGCCACCAUCACGCAAGGGCCCCAAACCCAAUACCGUGGGCCAUGAGCCCAUCGAGAUUGAUGAUGAGGAAUUGGCGGCCACCUAUCAUCACAGCGACAGCGAUGACGAUGACAGCGGACAAGAUGUCUGCGCUGAGGAGGCAUUUGGGCAAGUGGACGAGGAUGCAGCUGCCGGUGGGAAUAAACCAAUACCAGCGAAUACGUCCACCAACCCUAGGCGAGAGAUGGCAAAGUUGGCUGAAUUACAGGCGAAACGUUCAUCCACCGCCUGGAGCAGUGAAUCGCUUGAAGAGAUACCCGAUGAGGAUUAUCCGCGAGUCCUAAUCCAUCAAGAGCACACGGACGCCUUUGAAUCGACAUUGAUUAUAGCAGUGGCUACAGCACCACCGCCCAUACCACCACCACCAGUGGCUACGAAUUGGUUACCCAAUGAGAAGAUAAUAGCCAGUUUCCAGGAGCAAGUGUGGCCGGCGCCGGCCUUGUAUAAGCCAAAGAGUAUUGAUAUUUUUGAGGCAUCAUCUGUUGGCGGUGCCGCCGGUGCAUUUGCCGAUUUCGAUGAGGUAUUGCGUAAUGCUCCGGUCCUGAGAAUUAGUGCUGAUGUUGAAGAAGAAGACGAGGAAGAGGAAGAGGAGGAAGAUGAAGAAGAAGAUGACAGCAGCUCCCGAGUGACCAGAAUACGUGUUCGUUCUUCAUCACCUCAGAUUGGCAAUAGUCGUGAAAGCCUUAUGGAAGCCCAACAAGAGGAGGACGAGGAGGAGGAGGACAAAGAGGAAAUGGCGGCGAGGGACAAGUCAUCACCAGAAACAGAGCGGCCGCCUUCCACAUCGCCACCACCACCACCGCUGCCACAGCGUAGACCGAAUCAAGUCCCUGUCCCUGUCCCUGUGCCACCCGUACCAAUCUAUGAUGCAGUCCCUCCGCCAUUGCCAACUAGUAGGCCACCAUUGCCAUUGCCAUUACCGAUUGUUAGCCAGGCCAUCGUGCCGCCUCAGCGCAGCGCCUCCAUGUCGCGACCAAGUAAACCGCUCGUCAAGACCAGCUCCCUAAGGCUUACCUACAAUGAACAAGUCCGUCCUGGGGAUGUGGGUAAGGUUAAUAAAUUAAUCUCCCGCUUUGAGGGUGGACGGCCACGGCUUUGUCCCCGUCGACUUCACAGCGAGGAGUACGAAAGUAACUACAACAACAAUAAUGAUGUUAAUGAUAAUGAUGCUGCAGCAGCUGAGGAGGAGACCCGAGUCGAGAUCGAAGCCAUGGCCAAGACUAUAGAGACAGAUGUAACUAGGACACCCACAAAUCGAACACCCAUACCAGAAAUUGUCACCAGCCAGCCAGUCAAUGAGAAUCUCCCGGAGGCAAAGGGCAAAGUGACAAAAACCACAACAUCCACAGAGAUACAAUUGAAUUUGGAUCGUCAGAAUUCCAAUUGCAGUCGCUCUGAAUAUGGUUCACCCUUGGCCUAUCCCAGCAGUCGACGUUGUUCAACUCCAACGGUAUCGAAAUUACCGCCACCGCCACUAACAUCAUCAUCAUCACUAACGUCAGGUGCUGGUGGUCUUGUUGCUGCUCCGGCUGGUCAUUCUCAAGCCCAUCUAAGACAAAUCAACCGACGUAGUCGACGUUCCAUGACCCGGGACGAUGAUAAUUUCUAUAGCUUCGAUAGCGACGAAGAGAAUAGCUAUUACUCCAUUAGCCCAUCGGGCAGCAGUCGCUAUGUGGUGGAGAUUUGAUCAGUCAACAACUUUGGAGCUUUACCUACAUACAUAUAUAACAAUCGAUUCUUAAGAUAAUUUACUUUCCCGUUGCUGUAUUCUGUCUCUUUCGUUUUAUUAUUUAAACCUUGUUUUUAAGCAUAAAGUACAAGUUAUAGAUCAAUUAUCAUAUAAUACAGAUACAUACACACAUAA